CGGCGGCCGCCUCAGCGUCCGCGGCGACGUCACGGUCCUCGCGGCCUCGCAGCCAGCGCUCGGGCCGGCCGCCUAAUGCCCGUGGACGCGCAUCUCCUCCCCGAGUUCCUGCUUCCCGGGCCAGCCAAAGCCGCAGAUGCAAAAGAACAUGAGAAAGCCUGAUGUGGCAGAAUGGAAAAGGGUGAGCCAACAGAAGAACAAGCAACCCCAGUGUUCUGCUCUCCCUUGAACAAGUGGAGACAAUAAUUUCACCAUUUCUACAAGGCUGAGCCCACUCCAGGAGGAACUGUGGGUACUGUGAUGUGUAUCUGCACUACUGGUUGAGGUGCUGAGGAUGGAGAAGUUGGGAGCCCUGGCCUGAAGAACCCCAGUACCCCUGGAGGAUGUUCCAGAGCACAUGAACAUGAAGCUCACCUGCCCAGGGGGUGGAAAGAAGGGAAAGGAUAUCAUCUUCCUAGAGUGUGACGCCCCACUCAGGACAUUUAUCCACAGUUCUGCUGAGGUCCCCACUGUGCUGGCUGUGGAACCGAGACCUGCCCCCUGCAUAGCCCUAAUCUCCACCCCUCCAUGGCCCUAAGCCCCAUUGUUCCUGCCCAUGGUUCCUCCCUGCUUCAGUUCAGUACAUUCUGCUCAACCAGUAGAUACAUUUCUGGAGCAUGACCUUCGUCCUAACUCCCGCCCCCAGAACUUUCUGUUUCUUCCUCUGCAUUUCACCUUCACUCUGGCCAGCCUGAAUGAAGUUCUGCAGGCUGAACUGAAAAUGCCGAGGACUUCGGGUACAUGGGAACUACGCAAGGCCUUGUCUGUUGUAAGUGCCUUCAAGAAGAAACAGAUAAAGAGACGCCUAGUUCGGAGACAGAGAAGGAUGAUGAUGGCGGCUGCCUCUAAUGCACACAUGCAUGUCAAGAAAUUGACUAUGGAAGAAGGAGUUUGCACUGGAAAGAACACUAUGCAUCAGCUCCAGGUCAAGGUUGACGCAGCAACCCAGGAGGAGAGCUCUAAGGGGCCUGUGCUGCUGAGUCAGCCCCCAGAACUAACAUCUAUGCCAUAUACUCCAGAGACCACGGGGCAACAACUGGCAGUUUCCCUUUCAGGGGAGCUCCAUGGGCUCUCUACCAUGCCGAGCAUGUGCCCAAGCCUGAUGCUUCAGCCCUGUGCCACUACUGACCCUAUGCUACUGCAGUCACAGGUCCUGGGCCCCAGUGCCUCCAACCAGGCUUCAGUUUCUGCUACCUUGGAGUGGCAGGAGAUGCUGGAGGCUGCUGAAGCUCUGAUGACUCUGAAAAAUUCUUCGCAGACACGUCACCAGCCCUGUGGUGUACCAGGUCCUGCUGGAGAGAGGGGACUGCAGCUGGCCAGCCCCACAAUGCCACCUCGGCCUGCUAGCUCUGGUUCACUGCCUUCUGGACAUCUGGAUUGCAUGUCCCUCUUGACCUAAGAACCCAGACUGUGAGGCCUUGCUAGAGCACUGCCUGUUUGAUUCUUGUUUCUGAAUUUGCAAAAUGGCUCCUGCCCAAAGUGCUUAAUGUGUUUUUUAAGCAUUCAGGUAUUUUAUAAGCUUUCAGAUCCUUUUUAUGAUGUAGGGCAAUUACUUGGCUUUCCUAUAUUCUUUAUCCCCAUCCUUUAUUUCUUUGGAAGCUUGGGGCUUUUUAUGUGUCUUAUAAAAUGCUUUGUGCAAUCUAAUAUGAUCAAUCAAUCUAUCAGUGGGGUUCUGAGUGAUAUCAAAUGCCAGUGUUUUCCUUUGUGUGCACUUGCACACUUAUCUGUGCACUACUGUACUUACAUAUGUAUGUGGAAACAUGAGGAUUUUUCACAUUGCAUCUAGAUUUGUGUGUUACCAGAAAUAAAUAAUUUUA